AGACCCUGUCUGUGUGGACAGCUCCUCAAGAUGAGCUACGGUCUCCAGCUGACCUUCGUGUGUCUGAGCCUCUUGGCUCCAAGGAUGUGCGUCCAGGGGAACCAGUUCAACAUCGAGGUCAGAAGAAGUGACAAGCUCUCCCUGCCUGGCUUUGAGAACCUCACAGCAGGAUAUAACAAAUUUCUCAGGCCCAACUUUGGUGGAGAACCAGUUCAGAUAGCACUGACUCUGGACAUCGCAAGCAUCUCUAGUAUUUCCGAGAGUAACAUGGACUACACCGCCACCAUAUACCUCCGACAGCGCUGGACAGACCCGCGGCUGGUGUUUGAAGGCAACAAGAGCUUCACUCUGGAUGCCCGCCUGGUGGAGUUCCUCUGGGUGCCUGACACCUACAUUGUGGAGUCCAAGAAGUCCUUCCUCCACGAAGUCACUGUGGGAAACAGACUCAUCCGCCUCUUCUCCAACGGCACAGUCCUGUAUGCGCUCAGAAUCACAACGACUGUGGCAUGCAACAUGGACCUGUCCAAGUACCCCAUGGACACGCAGACGUGCAAGCUGCAGCUGGAGAGCUGGGGCUAUGAUGGAAAUGACGUGGAGUUCACCUGGCUGAGAGGGAACGAUUCUGUGCGAGGGCUGGAAAACCUGCGGCUUGCUCAGUAUACCAUACAACGCUACUUCACCUUAGUCACCAGGUCCCAGCAGGAGACAGGAAAUUACACCCGGUUGGUCUUGCAAUUUGAGCUGCGGAGGAAUGUCCUGUACUUCAUUCUGGAAACCUAUGUUCCCUCCACUUUCCUGGUGGUGCUGUCCUGGGUUUCAUUUUGGAUCUCCCUGGAUUCUGUCCCUGCAAGAACCUGCAUCGGAGUGACCACUGUGUUAUCAAUGACCACACUGAUGAUCGGGUCCCGCACGUCUCUUCCCAACACCAACUGCUUCAUCAAAGCCAUCGACGUGUACCUGGGGAUCUGCUUUAGCUUUGUGUUUGGGGCCUUGGUGGAGUACGCUAUUGCUCACUACAGCUCCCUGCAGCAGAUGGAAGCCAAGGACAGGGGGACGGCGAAGGAGGUGGAAGAAGUCAGCAUCACUAACAUCAUCAACAGCUCCCUCUCCAGCUUUAAGCGGAAGAUCAGCUUUGCCACCAUUGAAAUCUCGGGUGACAAUGUUGACUACAGCAACAUGACAAUGAAAACCAGCGACAAGUUCAAGUUCGUCUUCAGAGAAAAGAUGGGCAGGAUUGUGGAUUAUUUCACAAUUCAAAACCCCAGCAAUGUUGAUCGAUAUUCCAAACUACUGUUCCCUUUGGUUUUUAUGCUAGCCAAUGUGUUCUACUGGGCAUACUACAUGUACUUCUGAGACGGCCUUGACUUUGUGUUUGCCCUAGGUCUCCAACAGAACAAGGUCAUGAUGUCAAUGGAAUCUAGGCCAAACGUGCUCUCUAGCACAGUGGUGCCAAAAGUGGCUAAAAUAACACUUAUUUCUGUUCAAACGAUGAGUUCUCAGCUGUUAAAAAUUCUAAGUUGUGUCGCAGUCCAAACAUUACAGGUUUUGUAAUGGAAACAUCAGCCUGUACCUCUUUCA